UUCUUCUACUUUCUUUUACUUAUUUUAAUGUACGGGUGAACUCUAUCAACUUCAAUGAGUUCCUACCGAUAUUUUGAUGUUUAAUAAAAAAAACUUAUUAACAAACCAUUAAGAAAAUAUAUUUUUGAUGUAUUUUCCUAUAAUAUCGUAAAGAUACUUUGUUUUAAAAUCAUGCUUUUUGGGUUACAUCGGAUAUUGUUACAUUUUGCUCGAAGAACUUUGGUAACCAAAACUAACGACUCAUACAUAGCCAGGCUGUUUGAUUUUUGAAUCAACCUUGUGUAGACUCUGUAUGUUUAGAAUUACUUCUUUGUGUUGUUCAACGCAUUGAAAUUUCUGCGUAUGUUGACAGUAGGGAUACUCUCUAAUAACAGCGUCCUUUUAUGUAACUUUUGGUGACGCAUUCACAGUAACAAAACAUGAAUCGAUUCAACGUAUCCAUCUUUGUACAUCAUCAAACAACUUGUAUAACAACCGGAGUUUCCAUUCAUGCCUCAAAACAUCUCCUUAGCUUUAGGAAUCGCUUUAUCGUUUAGGUCACCACAUAGGUAUCGUGCGUUUGUUCCGCCGGGACGUACCAUAAACUGCACCCGGAAAUGUUCCUUUUUAUACCGAUAUCCUGGAAUUUAGAAUUCUAAUGAGCUCAUUUCAUGAAAGGAAUUUCCUCGAGAAAUUCUGUUGCAAAUCGCUAAACGUUUCGACUGAGAAUAAGAAAAGCACCUUAAGUCCGUAUUAUCCCAAAAAUAGGCCGUGAAUAAAUUUAUCGAAAAAGAAACAUACCCCCUGAGGAAAAGACUUUACGCUCUCAUUAGGAGAUGGAUUUUCAUUGUUUUAGAAUUGUUAGAUUUUGCCAUUCAGUUUUGCGUUUUUCUUCGAUGUUACCACAUGUUUCCUAGGCUUCACUCAUUGAUUCAGGACGAGUUCUGUUUGAGAGGAACCUUAUCUAACUUUUGUGUGGAUCAUUUUGUGCUUUUGAAAUCUCUGCCCGUAAGUUGGUCCAUUAGCCACAGCUGGGCCUUGCACUAGGAAGGCCACGUUAGAAAGAUGGGACAAUUCAUUGGGAAGAGUGAUAUCAUUUAUGCUUUUGAUUCACCUGCUGUUGUCUGUAGAGAGUGUACGCUGAAAUUGUUGCUCCAUCCGUCUGAUCAGGCCAGCUGCCUACAUGUCUACAAAUUUUUCCAGGAGAUUUGCAAACUUUAUAUUUGCUGUCCUGGCAAAAUUUCGUUCACUGGCACGCGCAAUGUUCUUUUAGUCGUUGAUUUUUUACACACAUUUUUAUGUAUAAAUAAAGUCGUUAAGAACUCAAAAUCGCUGAAUUUAAGAAUAAUUCAAGAAUAGUGCAAGACUCUAGCUUCAUCGAGAAUUAAACAAUUUUUCACUUUGAGUUUUUUUUGAACGCAAAACAAAUGCGAGUUUAACGCUAUAUGUUUGAAAUCAACUCUACACCUUUUGUUUCUUAAGAAUUAUAAAUAAUCUCAGGCUCAAAAUAAAAAAAUUGAGGCUCGGCAAAAAUUUAGGUAUCCUUUUAAAAAAGUUUGUACAAGUGUAACAACGUAUAUUGCUAACUCCAAGCGAUUAGAACCACCUCAAUUCAAAGGCUGGUGCUAAAAUGCAAGAUAUUCCUUAAAAAAUUUGUAAUAAGAGCAUCACACAUGUUAUCACGAUUAGUUCACCGUCUUCGUGCUUAAAAUGUUUCUGGAUGUCAUGAUUAGGCGAAGCUUUUUCGCUGAUCUCGAUGAGAAUUUAGCAUUUCUACACAGAAACCCGAGUGUACAAUACUGAUCAUUCUAUCUUAAUCUUUUGUAAAUAUUAAUUAAAACUUCUCAUGAAAUUGCGUUUGCCUGAAAAAGAAUGUAACACCGCGAUAUAAAAAGCGAUUAAGUAGAAAAGGAUGGAAACAUUUGUUUAAAAGGCCUUCAUUUCCCUUUUUUCGUACCUUUGAAUGAUACUUUUGUGGCAUGCUAUUUACGCAAAACACUUUCACACCGCCCUGAGAAACUGCACAAAUUUUCCCUUGAUUUCGUAGUGACUAUUUCUGUUUGUUAUUUGUCGAGCGCUUAAUUAUAUUUAGAUUGUUGCUAGCUGCGGGCUAUUUUCAGAUGCAUGGCACGUCGUCAGCUCUGUUGAUGUAGCCUCGGAUUUCACCCUUGUUACUGAUACUGAUGCGUGUUUAAUCAGUUUGUGAUUAAAUUUUAAAGAAAAAAGAUUUAGACUGUUUAUUGUUGAUGCCAAUAUUACAUUCACACCCAUUUUUUUGCUUACACAGUCAACUAUGUGAGAGAACCAUCUCUGGUGAUCGUAAAAUAGGCGUUUUCUUCUCCAAAAUGAGCUUUUUAUCUUACGCCCAGCGCUAACUGUCCAAUUUUCAAAAACCCCGCUUUUUGUUUAGUUUCUUUUCUUUGUAAGUCAAAUGUAGAAUCUUUUAUUCAGGGUUAUAAGAAGAGUGUUAUUUCGCUACAUUCUGUUCUAGCGAUAUAAGCUUGAAGUUACCCCGUAAUUUUCAAGAUCUCAAGUCCGACAACCCGCCUCCUUUAAAUUUACCACCAUUUCAAUGUUAAUGGAUAAUUUUGUUGCAAUCUGUUUCAAUAUCCUUUGCAAUCUUCUUUUCAUUCAACAGUUCCUCCAAAAUUUUUAUACCGCGUACUUAACACCAGCUUUUGAGGUUUCAGAACCCCUUUUUAACAUUCUAUAUGGAGAGAAAUACCGAUAAGCAUUUUCCCGCCGAAAAUCCUGACGUAACAGAUUUUUUGCUGACUGUAGUUUGAUACUUUUUUACAAUUGAAUAGAUCUAAAAGAGAUGAAUUGCUAGAAUCGCGAUUUUAAAUCCUUAACAUGUAAGAUUUAUUUUUCGUAAACUGGACCUUAAGUUGAAUAAUCCCCGUUGAUAUUGAAAUAAUUUGUUUAGGAACAUUGUUGCUGCGCUUUCCUCGUCAAUACCGCGCUUAUUAAUGCCGCGUUGUUUACAAAGAUUUAUGGGUAAAUACCUACCGCGAUGACUUGGUAUCGCUAGCACAAAACCAGCAACUGCCUAUGUACAAAGCUAUUGAAAACGUUGUUUUUCAUUGGGUGGUUAUGAAUAGAGCAUAAGCUUUAUCGGAAAAGAUGGAAUUCGUUAAAGUGAGCGCGACUGCCCCGCCCUAGUCCCUAAUGAAUGAGGCGCGUCAUUCUCAGGAUUCCGGGACGGUCCCUGUUUGAACGUUGAUUUUCCCCGAAACUUAAAACGCUGGCUUUAAAUAGCUACACCUUUGAAAAUGAACUAUUUGGCGACAAUAAGAGAAGAUAGCGAGAGAGAGAUGUUUGUCGGUAGGAGCUUAGUUAAGAUGCACCUUGAUUUUGCCACAUAAAACAUCGCCAAAAUGUAAAUAACCAUUCCGGGGCUGAUAAUUUACCGUCCAGUCCAAAUUACCGAUGCUAAAAAUGAUUUUUUAAUAUGGGCUAUUCUAAGUAAGCACAAUGAACGACUUUUAGUUGUUGAAGCCUAACUAUAAGGUUUCUUUAUUCUUUUUUCCACAAAAACUUAGAAAACCCACAUUUCUACUUUGAGUUAUUCAACUUUAUAUAACCAUAGGCUUAACGGGUGCAAAACUGUAAGUGGGGGAGGGGGGAUAUCAGUAUGGACUUUGUCCGAAUAUUAAUCCUUCGUUAAAGUAGAACUGCCCGAAUCGAACCUUAUAUGGGAUAAGGUUGCCUUAUUAGGGGGCUGCAGCCCUCCCAGCCUAUAAUACAAAUCUAUAUUAUAUGUAAGGUCACUUGGAUAUUAACUCCGGUCUGACAUCUAUCGCCUGCACCACUAUCUUAGCCUGUAUCUGAAGUUGUUUUCUUUGUGAUCUUCUCUACCUUUUUAGAUGGUUUUCUGCUGGAGUCAACAAGGCUCUACAGGCUCAAAAACUUCUUCUAGAAUAAGGUUUAUGUUCUGCAUUCUGGUCAAUGGUGAGAAUUCAGGCUUUUAUUUGGGGGAGUUCAAGCGUAUUAUUUUCUGACAAGAAGUCAGACUCGACAGGAAAUCAGGGGUUUGAUAGCCCGAAUUUUCCGACAAAUGCGCGAAUUCGAGGGGCUCGAGCCACUGGUAGAUACAAAAAUAGGUUUUUCUGUUCUAAAAGGUCCGGAUCUCUUUCCUCCCUUUUCUCUCUGCUUUAACAAGCCAUCCUGUCUCUUUCCAUUCCUAUUUCGUUACAUUAAAAUCUCCUCUUUCUCUUUCAUUUCUGGUCUUUUCUAAUGGACCCGCGCCCGGCCCAUUUGCACAAAUCGAUAGUUCUUACGUAUUAAUACCUCUUCCCAGACAUGAUGAGCUUGAUCGCUGGGCGUUUUCGUCUCCACGGACUGUUCAAUUCAUCAAGUUAACUUAAACAUAAAAAUGUUACAAUUGUCCAAGAUCUGUCAGGGCAUCCUGGAUGGUGCAAUAUUUGCUUCUCUCUUGUUACUUCGUGUUUUAUCGAAUUGCCACCACUUGAAACUGUGUCUUUUUUUGUUUAUCUUUGUUUCUCUAGUUGCCAACCUCUGACCUUCUUAACCCAAGUCCGCUAAAGAGCUGAAAAGCUUGCUAUUUUAUUUCUUUGCAUCAGAACAUUUGAAUAAAUCUUGCUCUUUCUUGUCGACUUUUACGUCAAAUAAAUUCGAAACCUAGAUUUUAAGCUACCGUAAAGAAUCAAACGAUUAAAUGCCUCAUUUUCUGGCAUUUUCGUCAAGUAUGCUUUCAUGAUGCUUUCAAUUUCUGGAAACUUAUUAUUUUCUUCCUUUCCUUGUAUAUUCUUUAAUCUAUGCUCCAUCUGUGCUUUACGGCAGCUUUCUGAUGUUCUGAAUACAGCAAGUUUACCGCCAUGUUUUAGCUUUUUGAGAGGAUAUUGCAUGUUUUGUCGAAACAUCUUACUUUUUGUUUCUUACUGUUGAAAUGCAAACCGGUGGUGACCCGUUUAUCGAGCAUUGCAAAGACAACCCGUCCGAAUUUUAGUAGAAAUUGUCAAUUAACCUCAUAUUGUAGUAUUUUAAUGGCCGGUCAUCUAACCUCAUAUAGCAGUAGUUAGUCCCUUACCCCUUGACUCUAUGACAACCGGCGUCGCCUGCAUGGGUCGGUCUUCAUAACGUAGAGCCUCACUACCGAAUACCCAGCCUCUUUUUCAUCUCUCUGAUUUCUAAUCGAUAUCGGCUCUUUAGUUCAUGUUUACGAUAUAGCUUGUGAUUCAAAUAAAAGUCAUUUACUGAUAAUCACGUUGUUGGACACUGACGUGCCCGUCUUAGCCUGCGAUCCUACGGCGAAAGGCAAGCCGUGGACACAAGAGGGAUAAGCAAGUGAAUCCAUGUUUGCUCUUUGGAGUGACUUAGUGAAUCCUUGUCAAAUCUUCGAAGAGCAUCUGCAAACUCCUUUAUUGUGAUUGUUACGAUUUAGAAAAAUAUUGAAAUUUCCUUGUGCUUUAUUUAGAACAAGGAUAGACGACACGGGGGCUGUGGUUACCCUUAAUUUCCUGUUUCGCCUACGCUGUGAUGAAGAAAAUCUCAUAAAUGCAAAAUUCACCAUUUCGAAGGAGCACGCGUCUUAAAUUAUAUCUAGCCUCCCGAUAGACUUAAGUUGCAUGCUGAACGCGAUAUUCCUUUGUUUUCUGUAUUAAAAGUCCAUACACUAUGCCAUAUUGCUUCCUAGUUUGCAGGAUUUUUCAGCGCGCCUUUCUCGUUGAUUUUUAGGCAUAAUUUGAAUGUGUGCUUCUUUAUGUGAUCUAUCAGCUAUACAAAAACCUAGGGUAAGUUAUGCAGUAACCUAGGAUUAGACCAAAGAGAGUGUGCACAUUAUUCUCGCAAGUUCUAUAGUUAAUUCCACUCUUUUGGAAAAUGGACCGCAAAGUACUGUUUACAGAUUGGUUUUUACCACUAUUCCAUGUUUCAGCGUCUUUUUUGUUGCCAUUACAAAAUUCCCUAUAAAUCUGUAUGUUCCUGAGGUUCUCAACUCUAAAAUUAGAUUUUCUGUUGCAGGCAGCCUAGUUUAAAUCGAAGUCAAUUGACUCGGAAAUCCCUUAUUUUCAAACUAAAGAAAGCUCCCAAUUUCUCUGUGUGAAAAUGCAUUAGGCACCCGAGGCUCGCUAUAUAUGCAUUAAACCGAGGUUAUGUCUAAGUCAGUCGAUCCGAGGCUACUCAAGGCUGUAGCUACGUCAAACGGAGGAUCCCAACUGAAAUAUGCGAAGCUCUCCGUGUCGUUCAUACUUCAUAAUCAAUUGUCUUGAAAUUUCCUCCUAACUUCAAUUUGCCAAGCGUUCAACACUGCUUGAUGUGCUUAAAUCAAGGCUCAGAAUAGGCCAACACUGUACUUUCAACACCCGAUUUCCAAGAUUUCUUUUCAAGGAAUCUUCAAAAACAACAUCAAAUGAAGAUCGACAAGAUUUAUGCAAUGUUGAAUAGCAAAAGAGACGUGCUUAAGCCUUUAAUUCUACAUGGCUGUGUUCGUGGAAAAUCCAGGCCAUUGCUUGGUUUGUGGUUCAGUCGAGGCGGUUAGUCAUUUUUAAUGCAACGAAUCAAAAAAAUUACAUGGUAUCCCUGUUUUUAAAUGGCGCCUUGUUUUGAUCAUGUCUAUGUUAAAAUGCUGCAAGUUGCGGCAUUGAAAAUGGCAAAACGCUGUUGUGGGUAACACUAGGGUCUUCGCAAAAUAACCAUUUUACACGCUGUACUUAUCAAUUUUAAUAGUUUUUAAGCUCAUACACAGACGGUAGAGCCAUGACAACGAACAGGAAGCUGCUGAAAAUAAACAACUAUAUGUUGGUUGCCGUAUACGUCGUAUCAUACCUGCUGCCGUUUGCAAGGUCCUUUGAUCCUUGCUAUCUCGCGGAUUACGCACUACGAAGCUCAUCGUACAGUAAAAGGUGUUCAUUUAGGAUACAUUUUGGUAACAUAUACUUUGGUAAGUGAGUUCAUGAUCAUUGCAGCAUGUUAUGGUACCAGCAAUGUUCAAAGAUUUCUAGAAAUUCAAGGUUAAUGUCUGUAUAAUGGCUUAAGAAUAUCGUUUGCUCGUGGUCACACCGUUGCGCGUCUAAACUGUUCUAGGUUCUUCUGUGUUUGUAGUUGCAAUUUACUUCCAUUUCUUCUUAAAUUGUAACACCGUCUAACCUAACACCUGAAAUCCUAAAUAUUUUUAUUUUGGUUAUUUUCAUAGUGAAAUAAGGUGAUAGUAUCCACUUGAAUAUUGAUAAAGCUAUUCGAAGCAAAUAGAAGAAGUCUAGUUGUGACAAGGCUAGGUUUGACAGUUGCUUGUGCAAAUGUAGAUGAAACGUUGGUUUUGAUGGUUGUUAUGGUAAUUGUGGAAUAGAAGUGGAGACAUAACAAUACAAUCAGGUUAUUCCUAACCUGUCCUUCAUGUUUAUGCGGACUAGGCGACAAAAUGUGGAGAAAACGCAAAGAGAGCCAAAGUUUAGUAAGAAAAAUACUAGUACGCCUUGAGUUGAGGAAAACCUGUAUGUGAUAGAAGCGAAACUUGAGUUGAAACAAAGUAGGUUCGAAAGAUGUUAUUCCAACUUGAAAUAUUUGCUAGAAAAUCUUUUAUUAAGAUGUUACACGAUGUGUUUGCUUUGUUUGCAUGAAAAAGCCGUCCCACAAAUGUCGAUAGUGUUACAAAAAUGCUCCCAAAAAAUUUUACAGUUACAUUGAUUUCAGUCAAUUUAUUAAGAUAUCGAUGCAAGCUUGAAAAUUCCUUGUAUAAAGAAAAAGGCUCUACUCAUUAAAGAAAUAAAACAAUUUUAGUUAUUAUUCUUUUCUGGACCAUGAAGGUUUAAAAUAAAUCACUGAGACCAAAUAUGAAGAACCAAUUGAAGGUUCUGUGCAGCUCAUAGAUUACUCAAACUACUUUUAUUGAAUGUUUAUCAAUAUUUAUCAGUAUUUAUACACAAAUACCUUUCAGCUUAAAAAAGCAAAUAGCAAAUUAAUGACUUAUUAACGAUUUGUGUCUGUCUAGGAAAAAUAAAAUCGCUACUCUGCCAAGGGGUCUUUUUGGGUCCUGCAGUUUUAUAUAGAACGCAAAUGAGAAUAGUAAUGAUGUCCCAGAGAUUUUGUUAGUGAUGAAACAAGUAGAAAAUUAAAAUGAUAAUUGAUACUCAUUGUAGUAUAAUCCAUUUUAAAACAGUUCAACAAUGUUUGUAGUCGCAAACUUUCUCGAUACGCUUCAACCGCUCUUCUUGAUAUCAAAUGCAUAUCCUAUCGUUGCACAACAGAAAAUGGGCGAUUUUUUGUUAAAAUGCCGAUGACCAGAAACUUUGGUUUAAGUUAAUUUCAUUGGGAUUCAUUUCCAGUUAUCGCUUCAUCAAUGAUCAAUCCUGCUGAAAAUUGUAGUCUUGAUGUAAACGAAACAAAAUAUCGCAACGGAACAAAAAUACAGGUUCAGUUUUAUUCGGCCAUAAGAUAAAAUUAAUGUCCAGUUUUAUUCCGCAAUGAUGCAAUGCAAGUUAAGUUUUAUUCGGUAAAAAGUGGAAUAAAAUCUGAAGCUUGUUAGCUUAUUUGAGCUGAAGAAUCUUCAUAUCUUUGCAGUUUUAGUCAUUUAUUAAUGUUUGUGAAAAAGACUAAUGCCUACUUUGGGAAGAACUCGUCAUGCUCUCAGUCUCGAACCAAACGUGAUUCCGAUUGAAAAUCUAGCAACCCAGGUGCUGAUAAUUUGCUUUUCUUUUGAAAUGAUGUCAAACGGGAACAUUUGUUUUCUUGGUAUUUUUCUUUGAUUUCAUCAGAAGUAUUGUAUUUUUUAUGCUAAAUACGAUUGGUCGCAAAAUAUUUUUAUUCAGUAUAUUUCAAUGAUUUAAUAUCUUACAUUGAUACAGAUAACAACAAAACAGAGUCGAAGCUAAGAUUCUUAUCUAGAUAACAACUGCCUGCUAAGUCCCACCUAGACGUAAGAUUUAGAUAUCCUCUGAUCAUCGCAGUUGAAACAGUUGUUUCAUCCUAUUUCUGAACUUAACUGGGAAACCAUCGAGCUUCUCCGUGCCUCUUAUAAACGAUUUUCGCUACGAUACUUUGAUUUUCGCCUUAUUUUGAUUAUUGUCAUUAGCAUUUCCAACGAAGGGAUUUAUUGAACUUCAAAUGAAAUAAAGCAAGCUAGUUUGUGUUGUCUAGAAAGCAAUCCGCCAGGCUCUCGAAUGAGUCACCAUCUGUCUCAAAAAGAAAUCCAAUAAAUUUGAAAAUCAAGUUUGGGUCAUACUCAUUUUUCACAUCACACAAUUUCAUCCCAACUUUCAUACAUUGCUAUACGCUGAGAAACUUGCUCAAAAUUAUCAAAGUUCAAUAAUUUGACACCACAUUCUGUUGUAUUAGUUCAAAGACAAUUAGUUUAUUUUCCGCCUCUUGUGGAUUUCGGAAUUCUUAUAUACUUGUUUCCUAUGAACUCGUCAAUAUUUAAACUUUAAGAGAUACAGUUGUAUGCAAUUGAUCGUAUCCUUUUUGCCAACCAAUAGAAAAGCGGCUUUUUAAAUCAAAGUUAAUUUUCAAGAGUCGAGGACCCGAACAAGAUCCUUGAGGAGCUUCACUUUCUAGCUGGUUUUCGAAAUUGCGUUUCUCGAGACAUAUUCUAUUUCAGCUUUGACAAGGUAAAAACUAAUAUUCUAUUUAUUCUUUUCCAACUCAUUUCUAACAGACCGAGGAAGAUUUAUGAUUGAAUGUUUAGACUAUAUUCAUCAGAUCAUAUCAAUAUUCUAAGGACACAUUAUCAAUAUACGCCAGAAUAUAAACAAAAAGCUGAUUAUAUCGUUUCAAGCAUCAUAAUUAUGAUUUCAUGACAAUUUUGUUCAUUGAAAUCACCAUUACUAAUCUAAAAAUUAUUUUAUAUUUAUCGGCCUGUAGUUUUUAAUAACAUUUUCUUCUUCAAAACAAAUCUAACGUGCACAGUAUAAAUAAUCCUUUUUCCGCAACUUUUUUUAUUUCUCUUUUUUGCUUAAAAUUCCGCGAACAAUUUUGACGGAUUUCCUCCGUCUAAAAAACGUCAUUUCAUCUUCAGUUGCCAUGAUAUAGUCACAUUCAAUUGUGAAUAAUCCUCAAAAGUGACUUGUCUCAAUGUUUGACAUCUUCUAUGUGGCAGUAAUGAUUGAAAUAUUUGCCACAACCUUUCAAUUUGUUGGUACCUUAAAUGUUGUAUCCCUUUUGGCAUAGUCUUAAAACCCUUAUUUCAACAAGUAGUCCUUAAAAUUACUUUUGUCGAAAAGGUUACAGAUAUUUCCUUAUCGCAGUUACAAAAUUUAUUAUCGGUUCUCGAAAUUUAUUAAAGCUUUCCUAACCCUAACCAAGGAUUUUUCAAAUAAUGUUUCCGAGUCCACAUGGUUUAAAGUUGAUUAAUAUACUCCGUAUUCAUGCAUACUUCAUUUGCUUCCAUUCCAAACACAAGGAACUGGUUAGAGCGCGCGCAAAAGGACUGGUGCCUUUUAUGCGUAAGAUCAUUAUAAUAAUCGGCUGAUUGCAUAAGGUCUUUUAGGACGAGAGGAAGGUCAAGAAAAAUUGUUUUCCUGAAGUUGAUCGUUCGUUGCUCACACUUUAUCUCUAUUGUGACGUGACAUCAACUACCAUCAAAACACAUUGUAAAUUCAUUGAAUGAAUUUUCGCGUGAUGUUAUUUGUCCUUUUCUAUGAAUCCUUUCCAUCAAACAAAAUGUAUGUUUUACCGUGCAAAUGUUUCGAUAUGGCGAGUUUCAGAUUCCAUGCCCUUUUCUUCCAAAUGUCGUCCUUUUUUCCGGCCCUGUUUGCCAUUUACUUUGGCAUUGUUCAAACCAUUCACAUUUAUUUAAUAUAAAACAAUGUUGAACAGGAAAUUGCAAAAACACGCUGAAAUAUUAUCUUUUAUUUUCAUCAUAAGACCAAACCCGAUACAUUUUGGAUAACACUAAAUUUUUCAUUAUUAUUCACCCCCACACCUUUCUAUUUUAACAAAACAAUGUCGCAUAAAUAGAACGAUUAUCGCGACCUUGGUGUUGCAAUUUCCCAAUUGUAUUUUCUUGAUAAAAGAUGCUUUGUGAGUUCUUGUAGAACAGUACACAAAUGUAUUUGUGAUUGCUCGAGUGUUUUGGAAUGCACAUAUGUCAGCUGCCUUUUGAAUUAACAAGCUGUGAUUCACUGGAAAGCCUUCUUUCUAGAACACACAAGCUUUAUUGUAAAAAUUGUUUUCUUGGGAAGAAUGUCACCAUCGGUAUUUCAAAGUCAUAUAUAAAGACCAGAGCUAGAUACAGUAUCAGUUCACUGAAUCUUUGUCGAUGCUGCUUAAGGCGACUGUAUACUUGAUAAAGUAACAGGAAUAGUGACGUUAAACUUUGCCGUGGCUGUAGUAUCAAUUACAAGUCUUUCACCAGAAGUGAUACCAGCAUUGCAUUUGCUAAGUUGUAAAAGAAUCAACAUUUGAACUCUGAUAUUAGUGGAGAAUUUUAAAAAAUUUGAGAUUACAGAAAAGAUUUAAAAGAUUUUGGACACACAUUAGGGGUACACAUUUGCAUCUGGACAAUGAGAACGCAGUCUGCCUAUUGCUUGGCUUGUUGGCAAGUUAUACUGACAGUAUUUUUAAGGUUUUUGCAUAUUCAUGGGUCAGGACCCCAUAUGUAUAGGGCAUUGCACGAGAGAUUUCGCGAUCAUUAUGAGGCAGAAAAGAAAAAGACGGACGAAAAGAGUGUUCCUUUUGAAAGAGUGACGCAGUUGUAUUCCAAAUCAAGUAGAGCUCAUGUACAAAUUAUCGGAAGAAGAGUAGAUGCUUUGGGAGAAGAUGGCUCCCCUUAUGCUCGUCUUAUCAUCCAAUCGGACAGCUUUGGACGUGUGCGAAUAAGAAGUAACCUAACAAAUCACUACAUUUGUCUUGGUCGAUCGGGAAGACCGAUAGGCAUCCCUAUGAAAAAAGCUCAAACCAAAGAAAGCUGUGUUUUUCAAGAGGUAUAUGCUUCAAACCACUAUACGGAGUUUCGCAGUGUUAUAUCGAGUGGUAAAAGAAGAUGGGGACUAGGUUUCACUAAAAACGGUGUAGGAAGAAAAGGAAGGAAAGUUCGGCCUAACGGAAGAGCAGGCCAGUUUCUUGAAAGACCAUUAAGACUUGUCAUUAAUUUACAAGGCUCUUCAAAGAACAAUGGUAGUGGAAUAAAAAGCUUGCAAGAACACAUAGCACGGUUGCUGCAAGUGUAUCAAGACAAGUUAUGAGGCUAAUUUAUCGUAAAACGAAGAUUUCUCACUGUCAAGAAAAAGCAGAUGUACAAAUUUAUGCACCUGUAUUGAUAUUUAUGCGAAAGAACGAGAGGAGAGUCAAGGUCUGGUUGCUCUAGAGCGAAAUUCCUCAGAAUUCGCAAGUAGAACUCAUCCACGGAGACUCUCUCGUUUCUUUGGUGUACACCCAGACCACGAUGCGAUCGAUCGAGACCAUUCGACGUAACGAGUCGGGUGCACUUAACGGUGGGUUUUGCUUGCCAGAAGCAGCCAGAGACUCACGAAGAUUGUUUCCACAUUGCUGGCGGUGCUGAAGGCAGUCAAGAUCAACUGUGGCAAGGUGUGCCAGAAAUUUUUGCUGGUGAUGGAGCACACUAUGGCUCGCUUCAAAGGUGAUGGGGAACUAACUCUCCUCCGAAUGCCACCGUGUUCUAAUUGCCAAUGCAAUUGACUCGUACAGUCUUAGUAUAGUAGUGCCUAUUGCAUAUGAAGACUUAAUAUUUGACAUUGUCGAAAUGUCAUCCAUCUUGGAUGCUUAUUUUCACUAUAUAUCUCCGCUUGCCCAUUUCUAAGCUCAAAUGAGGCCUACGACUUAAACAUUGCACCGUUUUUGCCAACAUCUUCCACUUGCUUAAGAGUAUUAUUACUGCUACCCCAGGGCCUCCUUGGAUACCCUUGGACACCCUAGGCUUAUAUUUCCCAAUUUUUCCUUAUUUUAAAAGCAUAAUAAUCUAUACACAUGCUUGUUCAAAGAAGAUACAAUAUGCAAAAAUUUCUCUUUCGGGUAGGGCUUCAGCAGACUCAUUGUAGCGCAGCUAGGGUGAUAUGGAGAUAUAGUAAAAUUCUAGAUAUACCCCGUGAAAUUAUUGAAACAAGAAAUGUAGAAUAUCAGCCGAGAAUUGUUCAUAUAUUGAUAAGGUUGUAUAGUUUCUUUUUUGGAGAUGCAGCUUGAGGAUCUGGCAUUGUGAAAUCUUCUAGACGAUCGAAGCUUAAUUCAUGUUAUCUAGACUGCGUCUUCUUACUCUAAAAACUCGUCUAUUGGAGCCCUGAAUGCUAGUUUUCAAAACAAUGAAAUUUUCAACAGUUGAGAAAUACAAAUCAAGUACAAAAUUAGACAAUCCAGAUCCAAAUAGCUUGUAGUCUUUCCAAGAACAGUCUAAUAGAUGCGUUUUAGAGGUAAAUGCGUGUCUUAGCUGAAUUCAGAUACAGCAUUCUUCUUUAAGAAAUAUAUUAAUUGUCACCGGAGUUACCCGAGUUACAUAUUAAAUGUCACCUCUCUGCUCUUCAAUCAAGUACCGCUUUACAAUUAGCCAGACGACUGCCCCAGACGUAAGUGAAAAUCGACUAUUAAUUGUGGAAACGGUCAUUCUGAAUUUGGUUAAUGCGACCCAUAUGAUAUUUAGAAUUAUUGGAAGAUCGUAUAUCUUAAGAAGUGUGAAACCAAUAGCCAACGAGUUGGUUAGCCGUUCCACCUGUUGUACAAAUGUGGAUAAAGUAUAAUGCUUCUUUAAAACUCCCAAUAAUUUAUUAUUCAGUUACACUGACCUUCAAUAUUUUACAAUGUGUCUAAUCUCAAAAAAGAAGUCUUUAAAUUUUUAAUUACCUUCCCACUUAUUCGUUUUCCGAAGCUUGAUAAGCCAACGAGAGUGACCUAGCCUUUUACCCUUCUUUGGCAUUGCAUUUCCCUACCCAAAACAUCUGAGAUUGGAGUGCUGAGCUUAGGCUGUCGAGUUCAAGUCAGCUUGUUUGCUAUUGGUUUUUUGCAAUAGAUUAUUAACGGGCUCGUUUCAAAGCCUUAAAAACAACCUGUCCCGCUCUAAAGGCAUCUUUUAGUAUUCAGUGCUAAAAUUAGUAGGCCCAUACCAGCGAAAUCUUCGUUAUAUCCCUUACCCAUUUUCACGAAUCCUUUCCUUCGAUACUAACACUGAGAGUUUUUUGACAGUCAAAACUAGGCUUUGUUGGUGAAAUAAAACUUUAGUGGGUCAUGAGCCCAUUUUUUAAGCUCCCCCCUUACAAACCUGCUCCAUAUCGCAAAUAGCCGUAAAUUAUUUUCGACGACGCCAUUUUGGCGAAACUCACCUGUUGUUAAUUUAAAACUUUCAGUUCGGUUUAAUUAUUACUUAUGCUUCAAACAGUAUUUUAUGUAUCCCCUCACCCUAUCUCCAUACCACAGAAAGUGAUGAAUAUUCAAGCCACGGCUUCUCUCUCUCUCUCUCUCUAAGGACAUGAUACCAAGUUUUUAUACCUUCUACGUCCAUAUGAAUUGCUCACAUCUACAUUCCAGGGGCUAUCGUUAUAGAUUUGAUAAGGUUUUCGUUGAGCAAUGACCUUUUUAGUACAAAGGUGAUCCUCCAUAUUCGUCACUGCACUUGUCGCCCAUUUAUCAGAUCCCUUACAUUGCAUUAAAUAUGACUGAAGGUUAUAAGAAAUUAUUUAUAAGUGUCUACUUCACGUGAAACCCAUGUUUUAACAAUUUAGACGUAUGAAACCCUUUCUGUCUCAUUGUUGUUAUGUAUGAGAAGAAAAAAGAAUAAAUUUUAAUUGUUAAUUUAUUUAUUAUAUCGUAUUCUUGGCGUAGAACGUAUAUGCGCAUACAAAUAUCUUUAUUGUCCAUGCACAAAAA